CUGAUUCAUUUGCUGUGGGACAAAGAAGCAUCAUAUAUCUCAUAUUGAGGUGGAAAUCAGACUUUCCACAAUGGCAACUGAACCUCCCUGUGACAAUCUGGAGACUGUCGUAGCAACCAACCAAUCAUACAAGGGUGAUUUCUCUUCCCAGCAACAACUUACCGUGUACAACCACGACCUGAGUGGUCCACACUCCACAGUUCUCUCCCCAGCCAACCAAGCAAGUGUCAACAGCAGCCAUGGACAAGACCAAUUUCAGAUUGCUGCGGGCAGUAGCCCUGAGCACCGCCGGAUCAAAUCAAAUGAUGCCCUUCACUACAUAAGACAGAUGCUGAUGGAAGAGGUCGACGAGAGGGUCAACAGAUGCCAAGGGGAGGCUGCUCUCCAGGCUGCUGAGAAGCCAUUCCGUGACAUUCUUGGGGAGGUAUACGCGCCGGCUACUAACUGUCCGCCAAUGCAUAACAACAACAAACCAGACAACCCUGAUAAGAGUGGUACCAGCUGUUACAAGAGGCUCUGGAGCACAAGCUUCAGUAAUAACUGUUCCAGUUACAGCGUGUUACAACCCUUGACAAACCUGUUGAGUCCAUAUACCUGCAACAGGAGUCUUUUUCUACCAGACCAUCCAUUGGUAAGUGUUGGACCGACUUCUAGAUCUGGUUUCCCUGCCUUCCAUUGUCAGAGAGAUGUCGAGGAGGCAACGAUGUUUGCUCCACGUAUUGGUAAGCUGGUGAUAUAUUUAGAGAAUGACAUACUUUCUAUUUCCAAAUUGACUAUAAAGGAGAUGGUAGGACAGAGGAGCAAAAACUGGGAUAUCUUGGAAGCAAGGAGCAAUAAACAUCUUUUCUUCACCACUUGUGCAAUAACUCGAAAUGAAAAUUUCGACCGAUUUCUGCUAUGUUAUGGUCGGAAGAGUUUUGAUCAAAUAACAAGACUGCGAGAAAGGAUGACAGAGACAGGAAACAAGAACCCACUGAAAGGCCGGAGCAAAGGCCGUCAGAAGCUAAGGGCUAGGAUGCAACCGAGGAAAGAGUUGGUUGAUCUCAGGACUCUCCUCAUCCAUUGCGCACAAGCUGUGGCAGAAGGCAGCUACCUGUUGGCCAGUGAACUGCUAUUAAAGAUAAGACAACACUCUUCAGCAGAUGGUGAUUGCACUCAGAGACUGGCAUUUUACUUGGCGGACGGCCUUGAGGCACGCUUGGCUGGGAGCGGGAAUCAGGUUUAUCGCACCCUCAUCGAGAGGCGAACAAGUCCCACGGAUUGGUUAGAGGCUUACAGCCUUUUUGUUGCAGCUUGCCCUUUUGUCAGGACGUCAUACUACUUUGCGAGCCAAGCUAUUCUUGAUGUCUCCAAAGGGCAACCAAGGGUGCACAUCAUUGAUUUUGGCAUCGGCUAUGGCUUUCAGUGGCCAUUAAUGAUUCAGAAGUUUGCACAGCAACAAGAGAGAGCCCCUACGCUUCGGAUCACAGGUAUAGACGUUGCUCAGCCAGGUUUUCGCCCCUGCGAAAUGAUCGAGGAGACAGGGAAGCGGUUGGCUGAUUAUGCAAACAUGUUUAGGGUACCUUUUCAGUAUCAGGGCAUUGCCGCUUCAAGAUGGGACAGCGUUAAAAUUGAGGAUCUUAACAUUGACGAGGAUGAAGUUCUCAUAAUCAACUGCAUAUUCCGGAUGAAGAAUCUUGGUCAUGAAAUCGAUGGCAUAAAUAGUGCAAGGGACGAGGUGCUGAAAACUAUGAGGAGGAUGAACCCAAAGGUUUUCAUUUCUGGCACUGUGAACGUGUUACAUAGUUCUCCCUUCUUCAUACAACGAUUCAAAGAAGUUAUGCUCCAUUACUCUUCAGUGUUUGACAUGCUUGAUGCAAAUAUUCCACGGGAUAGUGAAGCAAGAAAGAUGCUUGAGAGGAUCCCAUUUGGGCGGGAUGCACUUAACAUAAUAGCAUGUGAGGAUGCAGAAAGGACUCAGAGGCCAGAAAGUUACAGGCAGUGGCAAGGAAGGUUCCUCAAGGCUGGGUUCCAACAGCUUCCCGUGGAUCAGGCCAUCUUAAAGAACAUAGUACACAUGAAGAACUUACAUUAUCAUGAAGAAUUCUUUGCUGUUGAAGAUUGCGGCUGGCUGCUACAAGGAUGGAAAGGGAGAGUGAUGUAUGCUAUAUCUAAAUGGAAACCUGAUGAAACAUAUGAUGAUCAGUAAGAUUCAAACAGUUUUUCAAGUGCACAAACAUAUCGGCAACUUAGCGCCUCUGUCGCUACUUGCAUGAUUCUCAACGCAACGCUACUUUAUGCU